AUGUCGAAUUCUUUGAAAUACUUGGUGAUUUAUCGUCACGAAACUGAAAAAUUAAUUGCCUCAUACCUGAUUUAAUCUGGGAGUGAGGAACCUUUAAAAAGUGAGUCAUCCAAAGUUUGUUAUGAGUUAAAGAGAAAUCAACUAAGGAUAGAGGAAAGAUAAAAAGUUGAUUCCGCAAAUGGGAGUUGGUUUUGUAAAAUUGACGAUAAAGGGCUUUUCUAUUUAAUUUUGGGAAUUUCCACCUAUCCGGAGAGGCAUGCCUAUGCUUUGAUUCAGGAGAUUUAAAAUGAAUUCUCCAAGUUGGGCAAUAGUGAAACAUUGAAGGAUGAUACCAGUCUUAAAUUACAUAUAAAGAAACCUCUCAGGGACUUGGGGUCGAAGUAUAACGAUUUGCUUUCUUUGGAUAAAAUAUAUCAAGCAUAAUCAAAUGUAGAUCAAACCAAAAUCGUUAUGGAAGACAACAUUAAAAACAUGAUUAACAAUGGACAGUAGUUAGAUGUGCUUUAAAUAAAGAGUGAAGAUCUGAACAAGAACGCAAAAUAAUUUGCUAAGAAUUCUGCUGAAUUAGCUUCCAUUAUGUAUUGGAGAAACAUGAAGUUAAAGAUCAUCAUUGGAUUGAUCAUAUUGGCUGGACUUUUAUACAUUAUCGUACCAAUAAUAAUAAAAGUAAGUGCAUCCAAUUGA